UUGCAAACGGCAUCAAUAUGGCGCUGAAAGAAGUGACCAGCGGGGGACAGCCAUGGCGCUUGGAGAGGCGGAUCGAGGACGUCACAGAUAGACUGCGGGUGCUGGCACUCAAGAACUACCACGUGUUUGUUCAAAACCAGCAAUGCGCGCAAGUGGUGACGUCGGAGCUGCAGUCGCUUGGGGAUAACCUCACAAGCGUCCAAACGUCGCUGCCGUCCCUCGUGUCUCAAAGCAAAGCGUUGGACACGACAGCACACGACGCCGCCAAGACGAACGCCGAGAUUCAAUACGUGCUCGGCCAGUACGCAGGUCUCAUGGGUGUCCUGGAGAUUCCCCAGCUGAUCGACGGCUGCAUUGCCAACGACCUGCUCGAAGACGCGCUGGAAACGAUCCAGUUCGCCAAGAAACUACUCGAGCAAACUUACACGUCCUCCAUACAGCCCAAGUCGUCGAACGCUUCCAGCAGCAUCGUGCACACCUUGGUACGUACGUCACCGCAGGCUGCUUGACGUCGUUCCCUGUCGUUAGGUCGCAGAAGUCAAGCGCGCGACCACGGCGCUGCGUGCCAAACUCGUCGACAAGCUGCGGGGCGAGCUGCCCCUGGCCAAGUGUCUGCAUCUAGUGGCGUAUUUACGACGCGUGGAUGGGCUGUGGACGCCCCUGCCCGCGGACUACGACUACCACUUGAAGCAAGAGUUUUUGGCAUGUCGAGAUGCGUACCUGUCCAAGACCGUGCAAAGCAUCCCCACGUCGGACGCGUACAAUUAUUUGAUGCAAAUCGUGGAUGCAAAGCGAACGAGUUGGUUUGACAUGAUCACGCAGUACUCGGCCAUCUUUGGCCAUCACCAAGUGCAAGGUCGAGUGGACGCGGCUUUGUGUGCAUGGGCCGUUCGAACCGUGUCCGACCUGACCCGUCUUUUGGAAACGGUCCUGCCCAACGUGGUCGAGUUCAAUGCGAUCGCUACCAUCAUGGAACAAGUUCUCUUCUUUGGCGGGUCACUUGGCCGCGUGGGCGUGGAUUUCAGAGGUCUUGUGUUGGUGAUUUUUCAGUCACAUGUUGUGGCUCGCGUGACGACUCAAUGGACCGAUGCCGUCGACGCGUUCGACGCGGCGUUGUCUAUGCAAGGCGGCGGCGCCAUCAUGAUCCAAUCAUUUCGACCUGUUUCGACACCUGUCGACCCCACCGGUGGUGACUCGUCGGUGGCGCCGCCGUCGAUCAUGACGUUUCCAGCGCUCGCCCAGCUCACCAACGCCAUCUUGACCUCGUUCAACGACCUUCGGCUGUGUGCGCUGCUAUCGCUGCAAUACCGGUUAUCGCUGUGUCUUCAACAAUCGAUGGCGAGGGUGGUGGUGGCAGUGGGGGCUUUUUGCCGACGUCAUGCAUUGACUCCAGACGAGGUUGCAGACAACAUGGGAGGGGGGGGGGGACAGUCGAGUAAAGUGCCAUUGGAAGUGCAAGUGUUUCGAUUGAUCCAGGUGAUGCACACUGCGUGGGUGCCGUAUAUCAUCCGUAGCUUCCACAAGCUGUUUACCGAGCCCAAGGGUCGACAGAUGCCCACUGCGCUCGAUGAGGCAAACGGACCGCAGGAGCACACGUCGAGCCCUCUUCCUCGGCGCCACAAGACGUUGGAAUUGGUGCUGGACGAUGAAAGCGACGAACCCGAGGUGCCGGAUGUUGGCAAAAGACGCGAUAUCGGGGGCCUUCCUAGCCAAGGAGUGACCAAGUCUUCAUACUCGGGGGUGGCGGUGGAAAUGGUUCUGCCAUCUACGUCAGAGACACUGCGUUUCGCAGGCGGGCCUCAACUUGCUGCCACACAGACGCAGUACAUUGAAGAUCUAAUUCGAGACUUCUUUCGGACUUAUCAAAUCACCGCCGCGCUCGACGCGUUCGAGUGCGAACGGCCCAUUGUCGACGCCAGCAAGGCGUUGGAUCGAGGGAGUCUUGGCUUGGAUGUGACCGACGGGGGCGGAUAUGGCCAAAGUCGACUGGAAAGCUUUGUGCAGUCGUGGAACCAAGUGGAGCAUGGUGUCGAGUUCGUGAAACAACCAACAGCCAGGAAACCUAAGAAGAAAAAAACUCCACCGCCGUCAGCGUUGGCGAUCUCCCCCCUACCAACAGGGACAGCGCCCCCUGUGCCGGAAGUGAACGAGCCAGUCGCCGAGUGGGACUUGGGGGUCCCUGGGUGCACCCCCAAGCCGCGCAUCCACGACUUGAAGAGCUUUGGCUUUGACGAUGUCGACGACCUCAGCUGUCCCACGUCACCAGGCGUCGCUACCCCGUCGAGCCCAGUGCUGGACAAGCUGGCCCAGCGCUCGAAGACAACAACGUCGUCUUCCCAAGGCAAGAAGGUGUCAAUUGGGGAAGACGGGUCCACGCCCAAGAAGCAGUACAUUUUCUACCGCGAAACCCCGCCAUCGUUUGUCACUGAGAGCGAAGAAGCUGCGCGGGAAGUGAUGGAGAAGCUAUCCCUGGACCCCCAGUACGACAUCGUCCCCCCCGAGGCGCAGCAGCGGUUUGUUGAGUUGUCAAGCAGCGAAGUCAGCAAGUACGCCGUCGGCAAGCGGGUCGAAGGGCUCGGGGCCACGCGCUCGAUCUGUGGCAUCGUGUCCAAGACGUUUGGAAGCAAAUUAUGCGGCACGAGUGGGCCUGGCACGAUCGUCAUCGAUACCCAACCGGAAGUGGAUGCUUCUCCAGUCCCGUCGGCCACUGGCCUAACUUGCGCGACGUCGUUCUCGGCUGAAGACGAAGCACUCAUCGAUGCGCUUCUCGAAAGCAAUUGA